AACGUUGAGCUGACGUCUGUAUAAUUAUGGGACGUUUUACCCCUCUGCAACCGAUAGACUCGCAGCUAUGGCCGCCCGGGAGAGGGUUGUUGACUUGUUGAGGCAGCUGCAAAGGGCGUCAUGCCGGUGUCCUGCUCACUCUCAGACCUACACACAAGCUCCAGGGCAUGUUACAACCAGAGCAACAGACUACGCUUUUGAGAUGGCUUGUUCGAACAUCCGAUAUGGAGAAGGGGUAACAAAUGAAAUUGGAAUGGAUCUACAGAACAUUGGUGCCAGGAAAGUUUGCGUGAUGACAGACAAAAAUAUGGCCAAGCUUCCUCCCGUCAAAGCUGUACUGGAUUCAUUGGUUAAGAAUGGAGUAAACUUUCAAAUAUUUGACAAGGUCAGAGUGGAACCAACUGAUUUAAGUUUCAUGGAAGCAAUAAUGUUUGCUAGACAAGAGCAAUUUGAUGCAUAUGUUGCUGUUGGAGGUGGAUCUGUGAUGGAUACAUGUAAAGUGGCGAACCUCUACAGCUGCAGCCCUGAUGCUGAAUUCAUGGACUACGUCAAUGCACCGAUAGGAAAAGGAAAACCUGUUACUGUUAACCUCCGUCCUUUGAUAGCAGUUCCCACUACAGCUGGUACUGGAAGUGAGACCACAGGGGUGGCUGUGUUUGAUUAUGAAGCGAUGAAAGUUAAAACAGGCAUUGCUAGUAGGGCUCUGAAACCAUUACUUGGGAUAGUGGAUCCAUUGCAUACGUUACACAUGCCUGAGCGCGUGGCAGCUUACAGUGGAUUUGACGUACUUUGCCAUGCAUUGGAAUCUUACACCGCCCUUCCGUACAAUUUACGAUCACCUUGCCCUCCAAAUCCAAUCAAUCGUCCAGCUUAUCAAGGGAGCAACCCUAUCAGCGAUGUAUGGUCCAAACAUGCCCUGAGAAUUGUGGCCAAGUACAUGAAACGGGCUGUCCGGAAUGCUGAUGACCAUGAGGCUAGGUUCAGCAUGCACCUUGCAAGUGUUUUUGCUGGGAUUGGAUUUGGAAAUGCUGGUGUUCAUCUUUGUCAUGGAAUGUCCUAUCCAGUGGCAGGAAUGGUGAAAACCUUUAAAGCCAAAGAUUACAAUGUGGAUCAUCCGUUGGUGCCACACGGCCUUUCCGUCGUUCUGACAUCUCCGGCAGUCUUUGCUUUCACAGGCUCUAUGUGUCCAACUCGCCACUUGGAAGCAGCAGAAAUAUUGGGAACUGAUAUAAGGACUGUGAAAUGUGAAGAUGCAGGAUUAGUUCUAGCUGAUACACUUCGGAAUUUGCUGUUUGACCUGAAUGUUGAAGAUGGGCUGAGUGCAGUUGGUUACACUCAAGAAGAUAUUCCAGCUUUAGUCAAAGGAACACUACCACAGGAAAGGGUAACAAAACUGUCACCCAAACCUCACACAGAAGAAGACCUGGCAGCUUUGUUUGAGUCUUCUAUGAAACUGUAUUGACCGCCAUACACAAGAUACAGAACACAAAACUAAAUCAUGAUGAACAUAAAAUAAGGAAGUUGCUGGUUAGUAUGCCAGGGUUUCAAAGUAUGUUUUAAAUAUGUUAUUAUGAAUGCUAUAAGCUUGUGAAAUACUAUUUUUCUGAGUGUCACUAAUUGUUAUGCCAGUUUGUUACCAUGCAAUGGCAACCCAACAGUCAUUGGAUCAGUGAAAGGGAACACCUAUGUACAUCUGCAGCUGCCUCUGCCAAACCUCCUCACCAAAUGCAGUUGAAAAUUGCACUUUGGGUCCUGUCCAGAACAGCACAUUUUAAGUCAAUUCUUGGGGAAGAACCAGGAGAGAUUUAAUGGAACAAGAACCAAGGAUGAUGGACUUCAAUAACACGGAGACUAGGGACAUUAGGAUUGUUCUCUUUAUAUCCGGGAGCGAUGAGGGUUAAUAGAAUUCUAAAAAUAAUGAGUGAUUUUAAUAGUGAAUAAGAUAAAGCUGUUUCCACAGUUCAUUAGUUAGUUGGUAAUCAGAAAUCACAGAUUGCCAAAAUAACCAAAAUGGAGUUCAGAAUUGUUUUUUUCUUCCCCACAGGAUAUGCAAGGCAUUGUCAAAAUUGGGCAAGGAGAAGUGCUUUAACUGUAAAAGUCAGUCGGUAAAAUAAACUCAAAUAAAUAUGUUGUAGGAAGUUGUGCCUGCAAUCUAGGUGUAAGAAUAUUUGUAUUGGUGUGAGGUUUAUUGUAUUGCUAAAUUAAACUAAACCUCUUGUUCUAAGGGCUAUCUUGUGCUCACAAUAAACUACUGUAUAUUUGGUUAUAGGAAAAUGUUCUAAUAAUAUAGUAAUAAACAGCAUGACAUUUUUAAUGCAAGAUAUUAAUUGUGUAGAGAUCAAAUGCCAAUAGUCCUGUUCUGACAUGUUAAUUCCAAUAUUUUUAAUGGAAAAUAACAAUAAACUUGGUUUACAAUAGAAUCAUUGUUUAUAUUGUUCAACUGUAUCUAAUAAAUAAAGCUUGUAAUAUAGGGGGAUUGUGCACUGACAAAAUUCCUCACUGUUAAGAUCUACUGUAUCAGAAAAAAUCCUGAUGACCUUAAAAUAAAUCAGAGCUUCCACCUG